UGGUCCCUUUUCAGUCCUGGCUUUAUUUGCGUACGCUUUUCCCCCAUCUUGAUUAUACAUGUUAAAUUUGUCCCACUUUGUUCUGUUUUUUGGUCUUGGUUCAUUGAAAUUUCCCCAGCUGUACACUCAGUUCAUUUUCAGCUCCACCUUUCCUGGGCCAUCCAAGCAGGAGGGCUUCACCCUUACUCUGUGCCAUGGCAGGUGCUUAGCAAACUCAGUUCUCAUGGAGGUCUGGGGAAAGAAGAGGUUAUGUCAUUCUGCCCCUUCUUGCUUCCACACCUCUCUCUGGGAUGAUGACUCCUUCCUGGCCUAAACCCCACAGCCCCUAAAUCUUGGUCACAGCUGUAUGCCAACUGGCCCUGCAGGUGAAGGUGCCUGCCUGUGUGUCACAGAUAUGCAAGCAAGCCCCCACCUCCCAUGCUUUGGGGAACGGGGGCCAUCUGUCUAUGUGUUCUUCCCCUAAUGUUUACUGAAAGCCUGCUUUGUGUCAGGCACAGUUCUAGGAGCUGGAGGACAAGUGGUGAACAAAACAGAAAAGAGUGGGCCCAACAGGGAGACAAUGAACAAGUAAGUCAGAAACUAGAUCAUGGAAAACUACAUGAAAAACCAUAAGGAAAAGAACAGAGUGCUGUGAGAGGAUAGGACUUGGGGGUUGCUCUAAGAUUGGAGAUCAGAAGAAACCUCAGGAGGUGACAUUUAUUCAUUCAUUCUGGUAUUAUUCAUUGAGGGAGUACCUUUCAAGUGCCAAACAUUCUUCUAGUCAACAGGUAUAAAAGUGAAGAAGGCAUGGGCUUCCCUGGUGGUGCAGUGGUUAAGAAUCCGCCUGCCGAUGCAGGGUACAUGGGUUCGAGCCCUGGUUCAGGAAGAUCCCACGUGCCACGGAGCAACUAAGCCUGUGCACCACAACUACUGAAGCCCGCGUGCUUAGAGCCUGUGCUCUGCAACAAGAGAAGCCACCAGAAUGAGUAGGCCCCGCUCGAUGCAACUAGCGAGAGCCCACGCGCAGCAACGAAGACCCAAUGCAGCCAAAAAUAAAUAAAAUAAAUAAAUUUAAUUAAUUAAUUAAUUAAUUAAAAAACAAAAACUGAUUUUCUAAAAAAAAAAGUGAGGAAGGCAGACAAGCACUCUUUAGUGGGCAGAGACAACUGGCAAGCUAACAAAUGAAUAAACAGGAUGACUUUCAGGGAGACAUAUGCUGCGUGGAAAAUAAAAGAGUGUAACCCUAGAGCACUUUUGCACAUUGGAAUAUUUAACCCAGGAUGGGAAGUCAGACAAGGCUUCCGGACGAUGGGCAGACAGAGGGAGUGGGGGUGAUGGCAAAUGGUGACUGAGAAAGGAGAGAACUUUAGAUGUGGGGUUAGGAGGGCCUCUCUUAAAGGGUGGCACCUGAGGGAAACCAAGAGGCAGCCAAGGGAAGACCUGGGUAGGCCUUCCAGCCACAAAGAAAUAGCUAGGGUAACUAUCCAGAAGAGGGUCCAGAAAGGCAUGGAGCCAGUGUGCCCAAGGAGAAGAAAGAAGAAAGAAGACAGCAGAGAAAGGGCUUUGAAGAGCAGUGUAAAAUGUUGGAUUCCAUUCUAGACGCCAGGGGUGGGCGUGGAACGGUGGUACACGGCCACACGUCUCGACUGGGAGGGGGCCUUCGCGCCGCCUCCUCUUGUGACGUCACUGGACUGUGACGUCACGGCAAGAAGCUCCAGCUCCUCCAGCCCCCGAGCCCCCGUCUCGCAGUAACAUCGCGGCGGGUGCCGAGGCAGCUGGCUGGGCCAUGAAACCUUAGGAGGCCAUGUCGAAACGCGACGUCACCCUCACCAAUGUCACCGUUGUCCAGCUCCUGCGACAGUCGUGCCCAGACCCCCGCCCCCAGGUUGGGAAUCAGCCUCCCGCACCACCCCCUCCGGAGCCCCAGCCAAUCAAAGAGCAAGUCCCACCACCUCCGCCUCCUGCACCUAAGAAGGUUUCUGUGGUUCGGGAGCUGACUGUUGGCAUCAAUGGUUGACUUUCGUUCCUGGACAGAUUUGGACGCGUUGGUCGCCUGGUGCUGCGUGCCUGCAUGGAGAAGGGUGUUAAGGUGGUAGCAGUGAACGAUCCGUUCAUCGACCCAGAAUACAUGGUGUACCUGUUUAAGUAUGACCCCACCCACGGCCGAUACAAGGCGAGCGUGGAAUACAGGAAUGGACGGCUGGUCGUCGGUAACAAUGAGAUCAGCGUCUUCCAGUGCAAGCAGCCCAAAGAAACCCCCUGGAAUGUCGGGAGCCCCUUUGUGGGGGAGGCCACAGGCGUGUACCUGUCCUUAGAGGAAACUACAGCCCAUAUUGAGGCAGGUGCCCCGCGUGUGGUCAUCUGUGCACCCUCUCCAGAUGCACCCAUGUUUGUCAGGGGGGUGAACGGAAAGGACUAUAACCCCGGCCCCACGAAAAUUGUCAGCAACGCGUCCUGCACCACCUACUGCCUGGCCCCCCUCGCCGAGGUCAUCCAUGAGCGAUUUGGGAUUGUGGAAGGGCUGAUGACCACAGUCCAUUCCUACACUGCCAUCCAGAAGACAGUGGAUGGGGCAUCGAAGAAGUCCUGGCGAGACGGACGGGGUGCCCACCAGAACAUCAUCCCAGCCUCCACAGGGGCUGCCAAGGCCGUGGGCAAAGUCAUCCCAGACCUCCAAGGGAAGCUGACGGGAAUGGCGUUCCAAGUGCCAACCCCAGUCGUGUCUGUUGUGGACCUGACCUGCCGCCUGGCCCAGCCUACCCUGUACUCAGACAUCAAGGAGGCCAUAAAAGCAGCAGCCAAGGGGCCCAUGGCUGGCAUCCUUGCCUACACUGAGGAUGAGGUCGUGUCCACGGACUUUGUUCGCGAUACCCAUUCAUCUAUCUUUGAUGCUAAGGCUGGCAUCGCGCUCAACGACAACUUCGUGAAGCUCAUUUCCUGGUACGACAACGAAUAUGGCUACAGACACCGAGUGGUGGACCUCCUCCGCUACAUGUUCAGCCGAGACAAGUGA